UCUCUAUCAGUCCAUCCAGUACAACAUGCAGAUGUCCCGUCCUGUGUAGUCCUUUGUACCGAAACGUUGGGAUCGCUACUCAUUGGUCGUCCUCCCCCAUUCCCAGGCUACCAGGGGGACCAAAUAUCUUCCAUCAAGAACGAUAUAGCCAAUAAAUCAAACGUGCAUCACUUGAAAGUUAUUGACAGGGAGGCCGAUGGUGAAAUCAUCGCCUACGCAAAGUGGGAAAUCUACGAGUAUGGCCGGCCUGACCUUGAGGCUCUGAAGCAGCCGAUAGACGAAGCGUUAAAGCAAGUGGACCAGUAUGGCCGUCUGCGAGAAGCUGCACACCAAUAUUUUGGCAGUCGAAACGGAGAGCUAGGGAAGCACCCCCAUAUACGUGCCGGUAGCCUUCUUUUGCAAUGGAGAAUCGCAAAAUCGGAAGAGCUGCGGCUUCCUGUGUUCUUGCAAGCAUCUGCACAAGGACAGCGGCUUUGCAAGAACUAUAGGUUCGAGACUAUCGAUGCGGUCAAGUUCACUCUUGCAGACUAUGGACUUACAGGAACAGAAUUCAUGUCUGCAAUGAUUCGAAAUCCACCCAAGAAUGAGAUUGAUGAGGCUUUGAUAUGUGGGUAG